GCACGCGCGCAGGGCCGUCCGGCAGCGCCAGGAGGCGUACCAGCGACCGAGUGUGUGGGAAAGACCCGGCGUUUGUCGGUAGCGUGGUGACUCGCUGCGGGGGAGACAAGGCUGUUGUCGUGUGGGAAUCACGGUGGACUUCCAGCACGCUGACUGAAUGCUGUCGUGACUGAACUGCGUGAGGUUCUGAGAUAAAGGCUCUGUGUGGUACGCAAGUGAACCGGUGACUUCGGAAUUGCUGUUCAGGGCAUGUCUUGGUAGCCGCGUGACGUCACGAGUGACCUCUCACCAUGGCUGUGUCGCUGACGGCGCUGACCGCCGUCCUCGUGCUGGCCCUGUCUGUCCGUGGCGGGGGCCUUCUGGCAGGACGACCUGACACCCCGCUCUUCCUUCCCUCUCGAUGAGAAGAAUAUGCUGAGGUUCUCCGGCAACCUCUCUCACAACGACCACUUCAAACUGCUGGAGAAAGACGGCAACACCCUACUCAUUGGUGCCAGGAACAUCGUGUUCAACAUCAGCCUGUCUGACUUCACGGAGCGCCGGGAGGAGCGGCUCGAAUGGCACUCUGAGCAGCAGGACGUCCAGCUGUGUAUCAACAAGGGCCUCGACGAGGAGGCGUGCCACAACUACAUCCGAGUGCUGGCCAAGAGAGGCGACGACGAGCUGUUUGUGUGCGGCACCAACUCCUACAAACCCAAGUGCCGCAGCUACAAGAAGGAACCGGAGCUGGGCUACGUGCCUCAGGGCGGCGAGCGGGACGGUCGCGGCCUGUGCCCGUACGACCCCAAGCACAACAGCACGGUCACGUUCGUCGGCGGCGAGCUGUACGCGGGCACGGUGGCCGACUUCGCCGGCUCGGACCCUCUGCUCUACCGACAUCCGCUGCGCACCCAACAGUUCGAGCUCAAACAGCUCAACGCGCCAAGUUUCGUGGGCUCCAUGGAGCACGGCGAUCACGUGUACUUCUUCUUCCGGGAGACGGCCGUCGAGUACAUCAACUGCGGCAAGAGGGUGUACUCGCGCGUGGCGCGCGUUUGUAAGAAGGACAAGGGCGGAUCAAAGAAGCACAAGCACAGCUGGACGUCUUUCCUCAAAUCCAGGCUCAAUUGCUCCAUUCCUGGGGAAUAUCCCUUCUCAUUCGACGAAAUCCAGUCGAUAUCGGCGGUGCAGAGCGGCGUUUACGGCGGCCGGCCGGAGGAGAUCCUCUACGCCGUCUUCACCACCCCCUCCAACAGCAUCCCCGGCUCGGCCAUCUGCGCCUUCCGCAUGGCCGACAUCGUCGAGACCUUCAACGGCGCGUUCAAGCACCAGCAGGACAUGAACUCCAACUGGCUGCCCCUCCAGAAUUCUCAGGUGCCACAGCCGCGGCCCGGCCUCUGCGUCAGCGACUCGCGCCGCCUGUCCGACGUGCACCUGAACUUCAUCCAGUCGCACCCGCUGAUGGACGCCGCCGUGCCUGCGCUGCACGGCCGGCCCCUGCUGGUUAGCACCAGUCUGCGGCACCGGUUCACCAAGAUCGCCGUCGACCCGCAAGUGGCCGCCGCCGACGGCACGCUCUACGACGUGCUCUUCAUCGGAACCGACGACGGUCGUGUGCUGAAGGCGGUGAACGCGGCUUCUGGCUCGGCGUCGGUGCGCGCCGAGCCGGUGCUGGUGGAGGAGCUGGAGGUGUUCCCGAGCGGCGCGGCCAUCACCAACCUGCUGGUGUCGCGCCAGCCGGCCGGCCCGGCCCGGCUGGUGGCCGUGACGGACAGUGAGGUGCGCGCGCUGCCGCUGUACCGGUGCGGCGACAAGGCGGUGCGCUGCGCCGACUGCGUGCGCCUGCAGGACCCGUACUGCGGCUGGGAGGCGGCCGGCCAGCGCUGCGCUCCGGUCGACUCGUCCUCCUGGCCCGAGGGCAUCGCCGUGGUGCAGAACGUCAGCCACGGCGCGCACCCGCACUGCCCGCCCGACACGACCAGCGAGCGGGCGGCCGUCUCCCGGGAAACAGCCAAGUCGCAGUACUCGACGGCGGCGGCGACGGGCGGCAUGUACACGGCCGAGACGCUAGCCGUAGCCGUGGUGACCACGUGCCUCCUGGCCGCGGUGAUCGGCUUCCUGGCCGGCUGGCUCAUCUCGCGUCGCUACUCGCGCACGCGCAGCGAGGCCUACUACGAGACGCCCCACCUGGACCACAAGUCGAAGAUGAACCAGAUGGAGACGGCCCCGCCGGUGAAGCCAGACAACAGAUGUGACCAGCCGGUGUUUACCAGCGUGGAGCAGCCGUUCAUGGGGAACAACGGCAAGCCGAUCAAUACGCUGGUGAACCAAACCAAAGGCACAAAUGACCGGACGUGUGAUCUAGUGGCGGGCACUGAUACGCUCCAGAAGAGGCGCAAAAUGUACCUGUAG